CCACUUGCCUCGCCAGCCGGCAGCCACGGGAGCAGGUGCUGUGGCCGAAAGAUCACCGAGCGCCAUGGGCUCAGACGUCUGGGUCGGUUCCUGGAGACCCCACCGGCCCCGCGGCCCCAUCGCCGCCUUCUACAGGGGCCCGGGGCCCAAAUACCUGCUGCCGUCCAACACGGGUAGAGGGCGCCACUGGCGGGGUGCGGGAGGAGGGGCUAGCAGGUACUUCCCGGAGCGAGCGGGGAACGCGACGUACCCCAGCGCGCCUCGGCACUCCAUCGCCCCCCGAAACUGGGGCAUCGACGCGGAGCAGCACACCCCAGGCCCCGCGGCCUACUCGGUGCCCUCGCUCCUGGGCCCGCGCGUCAUCGGCAAAGUCUCGGCUCCGACUUACUCCAUCUACGGCCGCAGCUCGGCGGCGAUUGGCCCAGAGCCCGCCCGAGGCCCCGCNGUGAGGGCCGCCGUUCGGGACGCGUAG